CUGUCCUGAGAUUCCCGGACGCUCCUUCUAAGGGCAAGACUCCGUUUCUGCUGCGUGGGAACCAGGUUUCAUCUGUUUUUCUGCCCUGUGAGCUCUCAGGAGUCAGGCCUGUCCAUCCACCGGAGCUGGAGGGAGGGCCCCAAGCUGCUGCUGCGCUGCUGGCCCUGGCAGCCUAGGCAGAGACUUGGGGACUGCUGUCUCUACAGGUUUCUCUGGCCAGUGUUGCUCCCACCCGUCUACAGCAUGGGAAAUAUCUUCGCAAACCUCUUCAAGGGCCUUUUUGGCAAAAAAGAAAUGCGCAUUCUCAUGGUGGGCCUGGAUGCUGCGGGGAAGACCACCAUCCUGUACAAACUGAAGCUGGGUGAGAUCGUGACCACCAUUCCCACCAUAGGCUUCAACGUGGAGACCGUGGAGUACAAGAACAUCAGCUUCACCGUGUGGGACGUGGGCGGCCAGGACAAGAUCCGACCUCUGUGGCGUCACUACUUCCAGAAUACACAAGGUCUCAUCUUCGUGGUGGACAGCAACGACAGAGAGCGUGUGAACGAGGCCCGUGAGGAGCUCAUGAGGAUGCUGGCGGAGGACGAGCUCAGGGAUGCUGUCCUGCUGGUGUUCGCCAACAAGCAGGACCUCCCCAACGCCAUGAACGCGGCUGAGAUCACGGACAAGCUGGGUCUGCACUCCCUGCGCCACAGGAACUGGUACAUUCAGGCCACCUGUGCCACCAGCGGGGACGGGCUGUAUGAGGGACUGGACUGGCUGUCCAAUCAGCUCCGGAACCAGAAGUGAGCCGCGCCCCCCCUUCCCCCUCCUUCCACCCUGCUUUACUCUCAUGUGGUGUGAGUGCCAGAAGCUGUCUCCAUGGUCGGUCACAGUGUGCUUCACCAUGCUGUAAAUGUGCAGACGCAGCCUGCAGCCGGGUUUUUAUUUAAUGUAAAUAGUUUUUGUUUCCAACGAGGCAGUUUCUGGUACUCCUAUGCAAUAUUACUCAGCUUUUUUUAUUGUAAAAAGAGAAUCAAUCCACUGUUCAAUACUGAGAAGGGAUGUUAGGCACGCGGGGCCUCCGGGAGUCGCUGUGUCCAACCAGCCUGGCGCGCCUCCUCUGGGCCUUAGAUCUGUGUUGAGAUCCAUUUUGGUGGUUGGUUUUUAACCUGAACUCAGUGCAUUUUUAAAAUCGUUGCAAACACAAGAUAAGGAGAACACGUGAACACACAGAAGGGAGAAGCGUGCCGAGUGUCGGUUCUGCAGCGGCGGCCAGGGUCUAGUCCACCAGUGGUCCGUUUCCCGUCGGGAACAUGAGACGGGGCAGAACCAGCCACGGUCCAUUCUGCAUGGUCACGAUAGGGCCCCUGUGACUCGCUCAGUCGCGGGUCAUCCCACAUCCCCUUUGUGCUUGUACUUGUGCUCACACGGCCGCCCAGGAGACAGGCCGGGGGCUGCGGCCACCGCUCACAGACCCCUCGGAGGGACCCCGGCCUUCCCUUGGGUCCGCGUGGGCGCGCUGGCCUGCUCCGGGCUGCCUGGGGUCUCACCAGCAGGAGUGCGGGCGGGCGGGCCAGUCCCCCUAGAGCCUCAGCCCCCGGAGCCCCUGUCUACAUGUGCUUUCACUCCCUCAGCCUGCAAGGGUCGGAUUUGCCAUCGAAACGACGAUCUCUACUGUUUUCUUUUGUAUUUUGAUAAACACUGAAGAAGCUGGAGCUGUUAAACUUUAUCUUGGGGAAAUCCUCAGAACUGGUUUAUUUGGUGUCGUGGAACCUCUUACUGCUUUCAAUACACGAUUAGUAAUCAACUGUUUUGUAUACUCGUUUUCAGUUUUCAUUUCGACAAACAAGCACUGUAAUUAUAGCUACUAGAAUAAAAUCUCUUAACUAUUU